UAAAACCCUAAACCUUGGCGUUCCGAGGAUCUCCCAUUGAGUUGAGGACUCGCCCGUGCCUUCUCUUUCUCCCCUCGACUCCUCCAAGCUCUGUGAGGCUUCAUCUCCUCCGCUUUGAACAUGGCCCAAACCCGAUCCGAAGAGGCAGCAUCAGAGGUUGUGGAUUCAGUUCGCUUUAGCUUUUAUACAGCAGAAGAAAUUCGAAAGAUAAGCGUUAAAAAGAUUACCAAACCUGAUCUCCUUGAUUCCAAAAAUGCUUCCGUUCCAGAUGGAUUGUAUGAUCCUGCAUUGGGUCCAAUCAAUGAUACUGACUCCUGCAAAUCUUGUGGCCAGCUUUCUUUUCGUUGCCCAGGUCAUUGUGGUCAUAUUGACCUUGCAAGACCACUUUAUAACCCAUUGUUAUUCAGGAAUCUUCAAAAUCUUCUUCAGAUUACUUGCUUCUUUUGCCGUAAGUUUAGGUUGAAUGAAGAAAAGGUCCAAAGAUAUGCUGAACAACUAUGUCUCAUAGCAAAGGGUGACAUUGUUGGGGCUAAAACUUUAGAAGCUCACUCAUGGGGUGAAUUUUAUUUCCCAAACGAAGAAGAAACAAAGUCUGCUGCUAUACAUACCAGUGAAUCGUUGUCAAAGAUAACGAAUUUAAAGCAACAACAGACAUGGACCUCACUUCAGCAUUCUGAGGCUCUCUCCAUUCUGUCUAAAUUUUUGAGGGAAAAGUCUAAGAAGUGUGCGAACUGUAGUAGGAAAAAUCCAACAAUUACUAGUCCUACAUUUGGUUGGCUCAAUAAGGCUAUACAAGCUUCUGAUAUAAGAAGUAAUUUCAUAAUGGAGUCUGAUCUGGGUCUGUCAUCCACUGAGGAUCAAAAUACUGAAGGCUCACAGUCAAGAGGAGACAGUGCUUCACAACUUGAUGAAGAACCAUCUUCCAUUACAAAAGUCCAAAGAAAAACCAAAAAACAAUCAAGGGAUCUCCCUCCUGAGAUUGCUAAGCAGAUGUUAUCUUCAGGACAGAAGAAGCAUCUAUUACCUUCCGAGGUGGAAGCUAUUUUAAAAGAUUUGUGGAAUAAUGAAGCCAAAAUAUGUGCACUUAUAUGCGAUGUUCAGCGUAGAAGUUUGAAUCGUUUGGGUAGGGACAAAGGAUAUGCAAUGUUUUUCUUGAAGACUCUUCUUGUUCCACCAAGCAAGUUUCGUCCUCCUGCUGGGAGUGGUACUCGUGGGGUGUUGGAACAUCCACAAAAUGUUUUGUUAAGUAAAGUGCAAGAAUCCAAUAUUGCUUUAAGAAAUGUCAUUGCUAAUGGCCCUGAUCAUCCUGAUAUUGUGCGGAGCUGGAUGGAUCUUCAAAGAAAUGUCAAUUUGUUGUUUGAUAGUAGUAAGGGCUGGGUUAAAACUGAGAGGGAAGUCAAUGGUAUACGCCAAUUAUUGGAGAAGAAGGCGGGUAUCCUUCGUCAGAAAAUGAUGGGAAAGAGGGUCAAUUUUGCAUGUCGGUCUGUUAUAUCUCCAGAUCCGUACUUAGCGGUCAAUGAAAUAGGAAUUCCUCCGUAUUUUGCACUGAGGUUAACAUAUCCUGAGCGAGUGACACCCUGGAAUGUUAAUAAGCUACGUCAUGCUAUCAUCAAUGGUGCUGAUAUUCAUCCUGGAGCUACACAUUACAAGGACAAUGAGAGAAUGUAUAAAUUACAAUUAGGUAGAAACAUGCGCAAUUCAAUUUCAAGGAAGCUGCCCACAUCAAGAGGAGUUCUUGUGCAGCAAGGGAAGGGUCCAGAAUCUGAGUUUGAAGGAAAGGUCGUGUAUCGUCAUUUACAAGAUGGGGACAUUGUACUUGUUAAUCGACAGCCUACUCUUCACAAGCCUAGCAUGAUGGCUCAUGUUGUUCGUGUUCUGAAAGGAGAAAAGACACUUCGCAUGCACUAUGCUAAUUGCAGCACCUACAAUGCUGAUUUUGAUGGAGAUGAGAUGAAUGUUCACCUUCCACAAGAUGAAAUUUCACGGGCUGAAGCCAUUAACAUUGUUAAUGCAAACAAGCAGUACGUUGUUCCAACAAGUGGGGAUCCAAUCAGGGGUCUGAUUCAGGAUCAUAUAGUAAGUGCUGUACUUCUAACAAAGUUGGACACAUUUUUGACCCGUGAGCAGUACCAUCAGCUUUUGUAUGCUUCUUGCAUGCCUCCUAUUGCCAGUUCUCAACCCGGCAGAUUUGGUCGAAAUGUUUGCACAUUAUCUUCAGAUGAUGAGAUACAGCCUCUUCUUCCUGCUAUUUGGAAGCCAAUUCCACUAUGGACGGGAAAACAGGUCAUAACUGCAAUUUUAAAUCAUAUUACACGAGGCCGCCCACCAUUUACUGUUGAAAAUAAAGGCAGAAUUCCCAAGGAAUAUCUUGGAAAAAAUCAUAAUGAACUGAAGUUACUUAUUUACAACAAUGAUCUCAUACAUGGAAUGGUUGACAAGGCUCAAUUUGGGAAAUAUGGGUUGGUCCAUACGAUCCAUGAACUCUAUGGUGCAGACACUGCAGGCAUUUUGCUUUCAGUUUUCAGUCGUCUAUUUACUUUAUUUCUACAGAUGCAUGGAUUUACUUGUGGAGUAGAUGACCUUUUACUCGACCAAAGUUCAGAUAUGGAGAGGAAAAGAAUACUAGAAAAAAGUGAAGCACUAAGUGAAGAUGUCCACAUUCGUUUUACUGCUUUUAAAGAUGGGGAUAGAGACCCAAUGAAAUUACAGAGGGAGAUCGAGAAGGUCCUAUGUCGUAAUAGAGAAUCUGCAACAACAUUGUUGGAUAGAAUGAUGUCCAGUUCUAUGAACGUUCUGACUUCCGAGGUAAACCAAACCUUAUUUCCAAGUGGACUCCAAAAGCCCUUUCUGAGAAAUUGUCUCUCUCUUAUGACGACAACUGGAGCUAAAGGUGGUUUGGUCAACAUGACACAAAUUUCUUCUUUGCUUGGGCAACAAGAGUUGGAAGGGAAACGAGUCCCACGUAUGGUUUCAGGGAAAACAUUACCCUGCUUUCCCCCUUGGGAUGUUUCAUGUAGGGCUGGGGGAUUCAUCAGUGAUCGUUUUUUGACUGGUCUUCGCCCUCAGGAGUAUUAUUUCCACUGCAUGGCUGGUCGUGAUGGGUUGGUUGAUACGGCUGUCAAAACAUCUCGAAGUGGAUACCUUCAACGAUGUCUUGUUAAGAAUCUUGAGUGUCUGAAAGUCUCUUAUGAUCACACAGUACGUGAUGCAGAUGGAUCAGUUAUCCAAUUUAUGUAUGGGGAAGAUGGAGUUGAUGUCCUAAAAACUAGCUUUAUUUCUGAAUUAGGAGCGCUUGCUGCUAAUCAGACGGUUGUUCUUGAUAGGCUUAGCAGUCAACUUGAGGAUGCACAUUUGUCAAAAUCAAAUGGUUAUAUUAAGGAGUUACCAUAUUUGCUGAGAGAGAAUGCAACUACUUUUGCUCGUCUAUCAAAGAACCACCAAGGCUCUCUUCAUCAAAUUAAGCGAAAGGACUUGAUGAAAUUAAUGAAGCUUAAGUACUUGUCAAGUCUUGCUGAGCCUGGUGAGCCUGUUGGUGUGAUUGCCGCUCAGUCUGUUGGAGAACCAUCAACACAGAUGACGCUCAACACUUUUCAUCUUGCCGGCCGAGGGGAAAUGAAUGUGACUCUUGGAAUUCCACGCUUACAAGAAAUCCUGAUGACAGCAUCAGUAGAUAUUCGUACUCCUGUUAUGACAUGUCCGUUGCAUGAUGGAAGGACCAGGGAGGAUGCUGAACGGCUGGCUUCAAAGUUAAGGAGGGUCUGUUUGGCAGACAUUGUAGAGAGUAUGGAGGUCUGCAGUGUGCCAUUCUGCAUUCAUGGGAAUGAGGUGUCGACAAUUUAUAAGCUGAAGAUGAACCUUUACCCACCUGAGCUUUACCCUCCGCAUUCAAGCUUAACCUUAGAAGAUUGCAUGAUAACCUUACGAACAGACUUUAUUGGUGCUAUGGAAGAUGCAAUAGCGAAACACUUGGACAUGAUAUGCAAGAUCAGUGACAUCAGUUCUGUUACCGCAAAAGAAGAAAGUAACUUGGCAGAAGGGACAGAUGAAGAUGAACAUGGAAGCAAAUCCACUCACGGGGAGGACAAGGAUAAUAGCAGUGGCUUUGAUGGUGUCGAUGAUGAUGAUGGAAUCAAUGAAGAUGAAGGAAUGGAUGCUGAAAAGAGGAAAAAACGAGCUAGUGAUGAAAUGGAGUAUGAGGAUGGUAUCGAAAAAGAGAGCUCUGCCAAAGCAGAUGAGCAUGAUGGAGAGACCCAAUCUGGAUUUGAAAGUGAAAUUGAUCAGGUUGAGGCUGAUGAGGACUAUACAGUGGGAGGAGAUCACAGCAUGGAAGUUGAAGAUCCUAGCUUGGAGGUUGAGGAGGAAAUACCUGAAAGCCCAUCUAAAGCUGAGCCUACUCCUACGUUGAAGGAUGGCAAGAAGCAGCAGAAACUGGCGGACAGCAAGGAAUCAAAAUCAGAAUCCAAGAAGACGACGACCAAGCCAAGGAAGAAAAAGAUUAAUAGAACCAUCUUUGUGGAUGCAAAGGGUUUGAACUUUGAGGUUCACUACAUUUUUAAGAAGGAGCCUCGCAUUUUACUGGCUGAGGUUGCUCAGAAGGCUGCCAAGUCUGUCUAUGUUAAGGAGUCUAAGAACAUUGAAUUGUGCUCGGUGACUGAGCCAAAAAAGGAUGAGCCCCUCUCACUUCAGACUGCAGGAGUGAACUUCCAAGCAUUUUGGGACUUGGAAGAUCACUUGGAUAUUAAUAAAAUAACCUCAAAUGAUAUACAUGCAAUGCUAAACACAUAUGGUGUAGAAGCAGCCAGAGCUACCAUUAUAAAAGAGGUGAAGGGUGUGUUUGAUGCAUAUGGCAUACGCGUAAAUAUCCGUCACCUGAUGCUGAUUGCAGACUUCAUGACCUUCCAUGGUGGGUAUCGGCCGAUGAACAGGAUCGGGAUGACCGAUUUCAACACCUCACCUUUUGGCAAGAUGACUUUCGAGACAGCAACCAAGUUCAUUGUUGGAUCCGCUUUCCAUGGGGAGGUGGAUACCUUAGAUGCCCCUUCAGCUAGUGUCUGCCUUGGCCAGCCAGUGAAGAUGGGGACCGGAUGUUUUGACUUGAUGCAAAAUCUGCAGCUCUGAUGAAUGAAUAGAUGGAUAUGGUUUUGCAUUUAUGUAUUAUUUCAUAGAUGUAUAUCGCAUUCAUGUCUUUAUUUAUAAUUUUUUUUGGUAACUUAUUCAUUUUCUUGUAUGGUGCAUCUAUCUCUGUUACAUUGCUUAAUCAUAGCUUAUUUCUAAGAGUGAAAAAGGAUGUACUGUAUGGGUAUUCAAGCUAAUUGUAUAUUUUGUUUGUAGAAAUACAGGUCGUACACUAAUUAAAUGAUCUAUCAAGUUCUUUCUUUAA